UCGAUAAUUUAAAAUUUAAAAUUUGAAAAAGAAUAGUUGACUUGAAUAGUUGUAACUUCAAUAAUUUACAAAAUUACAAAUAACUUAUUACAAUUAUUAAUCCACUGAGCUUGUCCGAUGACUAUGAUAACUUAUAGUUUUAAGCUGUUGUAAUUUUUUGAUCAUAAUACAUAAUAUUCAUUGAUUAAUAGCUAAUAUGUCUAUUUUAAGGAUGAUAAAAGCAAAAUUUAAGAAAUCAUGGUAUCAAUUCAAAAAUUAUUUCUAUAAUUAUGUGUAUACUCAAAAUGUAACCUAUGAACAUAUGUGUGAUUUAUUACUGGAGCCCUUGUUUAAAAUUGUUGACAAAUAUACUAAUAUUUUUGGAAAAAUUAUGGUUAUUUUAGUGAUUGUAUUGACGACAUUUGUUGUUGCCAUAGCUUACUGGAUUGGUGUACCAUAUUAUUGGAAUAAUAAUAAACUUUUAACAGUGUUCUUGUUAAUAUUUGGAAAUUGGUUAUUAAUAAAUGUUAUAUUUCAUUAUUAUAUGGGAGUCACUACACCACCUGGAUUUCCUACUUCAAACAGUUUGAUUUAUAAUGAUGUAGUAAUUUGCAAGAAGUGUGAUUCUCCAAAGCCACCCCGUACACACCAUUGUUCAAUUUGCAACAAAUGCAUUCUCAAAAUGGAUCACCAUUGUCCUUGGAUAAACAACUGUGUUGGAUUUUAUAACCAUCGUUACUUUUUUCUCUACAUGGUCUACAUGACAUUAGGUUCAUUAUUUUUGAUAACAUUUGGAGCUGACAUUGUUUUCACAGAAGUAUUCUAUAAGGAAGAAGAUCCAGUAGGGCAUCCAAUUAAAGUUAAUACUUCAUUACCAAAUACAGAUUGGGUCUUAACAUUUCAAGAUGAAUAUGAAAACCAAAAUUUUGAAAUUGAUCAUGUUGCAGAAUGGAGAUUUUGGUGUAUUAUGGUCAUAACUUUUAUAACAUGUGGAGUAUUUAUUGCAUUAGCUAUUUUAACGACGUGGCAUGGUCUAUUAAUAAGUUAUGGCGAAACAAGCAUUGAAGGGCAUAUAAAUAAAUUUGAAACAGAAAGAUUGUCAGCUAUAAACUUUGAAUAUGUAAAUGUUUAUGAUUAUGGUAUGAAAAUGAAUUGGAUUAUCUUCCUCGGACUUCAUAGUGGAAGAAAUUGGAGACAUAUUGUAUUUCCUUCAACUCAUAAACCAAUAGGAAACGGAUUCAUAUGGCCAACUAAAAAUGAUAUAUUUGAAGUGUUUUAUUAUUAUAAACAGUAAAUAUGUAAUAUUAAUUGGUAACCAAAAGGACUUCUGAAGCCUGCCGUUACCUACUCGUGUAUAAGACACGAGUGAAAAUUCGCUCUACCAUUCGCGGUGCAUCAAUCAAUGUGACAUUGUGACCUUCAAUUAAUCUCAGAGUAAAGUUAACACAAAAUCGGACGCAACAUUCGGAUAAUGGUUCGAGAGCGAUUAUUUAUUAUAAUAGUUUACCUAUAUAAUACUACCUAUAUAAUAUAUUGGUAAAAUUAAAUCCAAAUUUAAAGUGUGCUGUAUACGUAAUUUAAUAAAUUCGUAUUAUAAUCGUUUUUAGGAAAAAAAAAUAUGAAAUCCAUUAAAUUUGUAUAUUAAACGCCAUUAGCAUAUAAAUGGACUUGUUGUUCUAUAAACUAGAAUGAUUAUAACCGCUGGAAUGCAGUUAAUGGUAUAUAAUAUUGAAAUAUGCGUAUAGGUAUAUCCGUAUAUAUAGAUUUAGACAUAAAGAUGAUUAUGUUGUUAUAUAUGUAUAUAUUGUGACACUUAAUAGCUGCUUGAAUUAACUUAUAUAAAAAUUAACAGUUAAUAAUAAAUACAAAUGAACAUCUAAAUACGUACCGACCACCCUAGGUGACGCAUAGAUAAUUAAUUGUUCUCAAUACGUUUCAUUUUUUUUGUUGAUCUAUCUUAAAAAUUGCAGUGUUUUAUAUUUAAGCAUUUUCAGUCAUAGGUAUAUUAAGAAAUGAAAAGUUGUUCUCAAACAUCUUCUACAGGUAUUACUGGUUUAUUGAACGAAUAUUUUACUUUGUACCUGUAAGUAGUUUUAGAAUAAAUUAGUUCAGUAAUUUUUGGGAGCACCUCCGAUGUAACCACCAGCUUUUGUUCAGAGAUUUAGCAAUUUAUUUUUUUGAAUGCGAUAGUGAUUGACGGUUGUGUUAAAAUUAAAAAAAAAAUAAUAUACCUAUAUAUCAUAGUGUCCUAUAUAAUG